AUGAGUAAAGCAGGAGAUACUACAUUUCAGAUUAGGUAUGGUGGGAAGUUUGCGACUGAUGGUGGAGAUGUUGUCUACAUGGGUGGCGAAACUCAUAUACUUCAUACACAGGCUGAAGCUUUGUUUAGAGGUCUGCAUGAUGACAGCCCCAUAUCUAUGUCGGGUCAGCGAAUCUGGUACAAACUACCGUAUGACACCAUGAAGCAUCUUGAAAUCUUAAUUUAUGGCGCUGGGAGCUUUGCAAGGAUGUGUGAAGCUUCCAAGUGGACUAAGUAUAUUGAAAUUUUUAUGGAGCAUGAAGAUGUGAAUGGUGAUGAAGAGGAUGAAGAUGUGAAUGAUGAAGAACAUAAUGAAGAAGGAGAACCAGUGGGACAGAAUGGCGAGACAGAAGAAGAUAGUAUUGAAAGUGGAGAUCGUGAAUUUGAAGAGGACAAACGCGUUGAAGCUGCUGUGGGAGAGAUCUCUGAUGGUGAAGAUAAUGAAAACUACAAAAACACACCUCCUUGUUCUGAUGGCGAGGAAGAAGAAAAUCCUAGGCGUUAUCAAGGAUGGAAGAGAGGCAGUGGAGAGUUACACAUUAGGCAAGUGUUUGAUAGUGUGAAAGACUUCAAGGAUGCUGUAUUUGAGUACGCAUUAAAAGGAGGAUGGAAUAUUCAGUUCACGAGAUGGGGCAAUGUAAAAUCUGAGGCGAUUUGUGGAGUAGAAGUAGAUGAAGGCGAAACCCCAUGUUCUUGGAGAAUAUACUGUUCGUAUGAAGCAUCUGUUUCCCAGUGGAUGGUAAAAACGUUUCAAGAUGUCCAUACUUGCUUUAAAGAUGGACGUUGCAAGAUAUUGUCGGAUUCACGCAUAGCUAAGUUGUUCUUAAAUGAACUCAGGGAGGAUCCAGAAAUGAAACCAAAAGCAAUCCAAGAUCAGAUUCAGUUGCGUUAUGACUUGAAUCCAUCUGAUGACCAAUGUCGGAACGCGAGGAAGAAAGGUUUGAAUCUCAUUCAAGCUGAGUAUGAUGAACAAUUCCGCAGGAUUAAAGACUACGAAGUCGAAAUUAAAAGGUGAGGCAUUCACUUAAAGCUUUGUAAAUUGUGUGUGUUUUGACACUUUUCUGGUGGACAGGACAAAUGAAGGAUCAACAACUGAUCUUCAAACCGUCAUUGGGGCUGGUGGACUUGAAGUUUUUGACCGUUUCUACGUUUGUUUUGCUGUUCUCCGAGACAUAUGGCUAGCCUCAUGUCAACCUAUCUUUGGGAUAGAUGGGUGUUUCCUCAAAACCGCAGCAAAAGGCCAACUUCUAGCUGCUGUGGGAAGGGAUGCAAACAGCCAGAUAUACCCUUUUGCUUGGGCUGUAGUGCAUAAAGAGAAUACAGACACAUGGGCAUGGUUCUUGCAGAAGCUGAAGAAUGAUUUAAAUCUUGGAAAUGGAGAUGGUUUCACCCUUGUUUCAGAUCGGCAGAAGGGAUUACUUAUAGCUGUCGAUGCCGAGCUGCCAAAUAUUGAGCACAGAAUGUGUGCAAGACAUAUCUACGGAAAUUUAAGGAAGCUACAUCCUAACAAGCCUCAGAUGAAGAAGUUGUUUUGGAGUGUUAUUGAGAGUCAUAACGAAGCUGACUACAAAGUAAGUUUGAAAGAGUUAGAAGAGUAUGACAAAGAAGUCUAUGCAGAUUUGAUGGCCAGGAGACCCGAGACUUGUAGCAGGGCCUAUUUUUCGACUACACCAUGUUGUGAAGAUGCUCUAAACAACAAUUCAGAGUCUUACAAUAGGACACUAGAGAAGGCACGUGCAAUGCCAUUGGUGGAGAUGCUAGAGACAAUGAGACGAUUAGCUAUGAAACGUAUUGAUUUAAGGAAGAAGAUAGUCAAGAAUUACAAAGGAAAGUUCAGCCUGAAGGUUACUAAGAUGAUCGCAUCUGAGACAAAAUAUAGGAAGUAUUGUAAGUCUCUUCCUGGACCUACUGGUGAGUUCGAGGUCACUGAAGAUGGAAUUCGGUAUGCAGUUGAUAUGAGAGAAAAGACAUGUAGCUGUAGGAGAUGGGAUUUGACUGGGAUUCCUUGUAGACAUGCGCUUCGUGUGGUUUUGGAUGAAAAAAAGACAUAUAAAACCGACAAUUUGGUGUCUGAUUGGUAUUUGACUUCUAAGUGGCAGCAUCAAUACUCAGACUCGAUCAGACCAGUAAGAGGGAUCAAGUUUUGGGUUCCAUGUGGUGACUCAACAAUACAAGCUCCACCAAGAGAUAUCUCCAAAGGGCGCAAGAAGAAACCUCAACAAAGAAUCAAAGGAGUUAACGAGUCUCCUAAAAAGGGAAAAAAGGUAACUGGUCACAACCGUGUGAUGCAUUGUUCAAGGUGUGGUUUUCCUAAACACAACUCUUCUAAGUGUCCUAAUGCUGGAGUUCCUUGUAAGCCUCGUCCACCUAAGAAGCAGAAAACAACUAUAUCACAUGAUGAAGUUGCAGUUGAUCUUGGUGAAGGACCUUCUC